CUGCUGUGAGCGACCCAGGGACAGCCACGCUCCCCAGCCUGGGAUGGAACCAAACCCACCCCCUUUAGAAGGGCAGAGUUAGUCAGGAGAGGCUCAUUUCAACCUCUCCAAGUUGAUUUUUAGCUGGAAGAGCUGUUGCUAUCCAGGAGGCAGCACCUCCCUGCUGCUCCUGCUCUGCGGCUGAUGCCACGGGAAGAGUUUGCCACCUUUUGUCCCCCCUGCCCUUGCUGUGACAUUGCUGUUGACUUCAACCCCUCCUGCUGCACUGAGAAACGCAGCAGAGUUUGCCAGAGAAAGGAUUUUUGUGUGGUUUGUUGUGGGGCUUGUUUUUCUUCUCUUGGCCACGACUCAAGAAUGUCCUGAGUUAGCUUUUGGUACAAUGCGCUCCAGCGCCUCAACAGCGAUGUGCUCUGUUUGCUUUUUCUGACACAAAUAAAGCUGGAGCUCUGCCAAAGAGGAAGGGGAAGGAAGCCAGGGAAAAAAAGAAGCCACGGUGUGAGGAAUGUCUUUUGCAGAAGUGCCUGAGGGGAAAAAAAACCGGCAGAGGAGAUUUGGGAGUCUCCAGGACGGUCGUCCAGUCCAUUCCAGGGAGGCUCAGCAUCUCUGCUCCUCCAGGACCAGCUCUGGAUUCCUCUCAAACCUUCCUGCUGAGGUUCAAAGAUGAAGACACUCCAGAGGAAUAUAAGUGUAUUCCAGCAAACUAAAAUUCUAUUGUGGAAAAAUGUCCAGAUCAAGUGGAGGAUGAAGAUGCAGAGCUUUCAGGAGUGGAUUCUGUCCCUGCUCUUCCUGCCCCUGCUGUUCAUCGUGUCCUCCUUCAUCUCACAAAUCCACUACCCCGAGGUGCCCUUGGGCCACCUGGGCCACCUGGACGACCCUGCCUUCAACACCUCCGGCGUCACCGUCACCUUCACCCCCGUCACUGCCACCACCAGGCACAUCAUGAGCAAAGUGGCCUCCAGCUCUGUCAUGACGGGUAUAAAACUAGAGGAGCUGGAUGAUGAGAAAGCCAUGGAGAGAGCCUGGAUUUCAAACAGGGAAAUUAUAGGAGUUGUAUUUAAGGACAACUUCUCCUACCACCUCAGGUUUCCUACCGCCCAUGUGGUUGUUCCCAAUGAAGUCAUUGGAGACAGAGACAGCUGCUACCAGUUCUCCCCAGGGCUCUGCAACAGCCCAAAGUACUGGUACAGAGGCUUCCUGUCCCUGCAGUCCAGCAUUGACGCUGCCAUUAUAGAGAUGGUGACAAAUCAUUCUGUUUGGGAAGAAAUGAAAUCCAUUGCUGGCAUCCGAAUGCGGUCCCAGAGCAUCCUCUUCUCUGUCAGCCUGGAGUACAGCUUCCCCAUGAUCAUCAUCGUCAUGUGCUUCUUCCCCUUCAUGUAUUUCUUGUCAAGGAAUGUCACACGGGAAAAGAAGCAGCUCAAAGUGCUGAUGAAGACCAUGGGGCUGCAGGACAUCGCCUUUUGGCUGUCCUGGAGUUUGCUGUACUCUCUUUAUGUGCUGAUCUUCUCCUGCCUGCUGACAGCCCUGGUGCUGCACCAACCCUUCUACACCAGCAGCUUCCCUGCAGUCUCACUCCUGUUUUUCCUCUAUGGCUUGGCGUGUAUCCACCUGGUUUUCAUGCUCUGCUCCCUCUUAAGGACCUCCAAGCUUGUCAGCUCCGUGGGUUUCCUCAUCAUCUUUGUCUUUGGGUUCCUGAGCCUGGCGGUGCUGAUAGAGGACGUCCCCAAGCCCCUGAAGUGGUUUCUUGGUCUGAUGUGUCCUUUUGCAUUCAACACUGCCAUUGCUGAGAUUUUCCAUUUAGAGAAAUACAUGAUAGGUUUCUCCUUUUCCACACUUAUGGAGGAAGCAUACUUUUUAUUUUCAACAUACGUACUGCUGGUGUUUGACUCAGUCUUGUACUUGCUGCUGGCUCUGUAUUUCGACAAAAUUCUGCCAGGCAAAUAUGGGAUCCCAGACCCUCCUUUGUUCUUCCUGAAGACCUCAUACUGGAUGAGGAGCAGGAGAGGCUCCACCAGGGACGUGCCCAGAGCCACAGCAAACCCUGAGGAGCUCCUUGGGGAUGAUGCAGAGCCUGUGCCCCCCGAGUUCCUGGGGAAAGAGGCCAUCAGGCUCCACAAUAUUACAAAAACCUAUAAGAGGAAGGACAAGAAGACAGAAGCUUUAAGAGGUCUGUCUUUAAACAUUUAUGAGGGUCAGAUCACUGCCCUGCUGGGCCACAGCGGGGCUGGCAAGACCACGCUGCUGAACGUGCUCAGCGGGCUCAGCUUCCCCUCGGAAGGCUCUGCCACCAUUUACAACUACAAGCUCUCUGAGAUGGGAGACAGGGAGGAGAUCAGGGCCAUGACAGGGAUCUGCCCGCAGUUCAACACGCACUUCGAGGUCCUGACAGUGAAAGAAAACCUGAAAACUUUUGCAGAAAUCAAGGGCAUCAGGUCCAAAGAGGUGGAGCGAGAGGUGCAAAACAUUCUGGAACUGCUGGAUAUCAGCAACAUUCAGGACACUCCAGCUGAAAAACUGAGCGGUGGGCAGAAAAGGAAAUUAUCCCUUGGAAUAGCCAUGCUUGGAAACCCCCAGGUUCUGCUCCUGGACGAGCCCACGGCGGGGCUGGAUCCUCUCUCCAGGCACCAGGUGUGGAGCCUCCUGCGGGAGCGGCGGGCGGGACGGGUGACCCUGUUCAGCACCCAGCUCAUGGACGAGGCCGAUAUCCUGGCAGACCGCAAGGCUUUUAUCUCGCACGGGAGGCUGAAGUGUGUUGGCUCUUCUCUGUUCCUGAAGAAAAAAUGGGGGAUUUGCUAUCAUUUAAGGAUCCAUGUCAGUGAGUCUUGUGACCUGGAGAAUCUGACAUCCCUGGUGAAAGGCUGCAUCCCCAACGCCACGUUCUCAGGACAAACCCAGUAUGAACUGAGAUAUAAACUGCCUUUAGAAAACGUGAAGAAAUUCCCAGAUCUGUUCAGCGGCCUCGACAGCUGCUCUGAGCAGGGAAUUAUCAACUACGGAGUCAGCAUGACGACCCUGGAGGACGUGUUCCUGAGGCUGGAGGGAGAAGCCACAGCCAGUCAAGAAGACGAGCCCAUCCCUGGGGAGGAGUGGGGAGCAGCAGCCCCGGGGCGCCCCGGCGAGGCUCGGCCGUGCUCGCUGCUGCUCUCGGACACGGGCACAGCGUCGCUGCAGGGGCUGCCCCUCUGGAGACAGCAGGCCUCUGCAGUGGCACGGGUGCACUUCCUGAAGCUCAAGAGCUCCGUGAAGAACCUGCAGUCCAUUUUGCUGCUCUUGGUGGUUUUCCUGCUGCCUCUGGUGCUGCAGCUGUGCCUGCUGGCUGGCUGGCAGAGCGUCAGUGCCUGGCAGCUCUCUCCUGCACGGUACUUCUUGCCCCUGGGGAGGAGAUCCUACCUGGACACCACCACCCUCCUGGUCUACAACCACACAGGCACAGGCAUUGAUGACUUCAUCCAUGUGCUCCAGAGCCAGGAUCUCACAGUGGAAAUAGCAAAGGAGGAAAAUAUCACAGAGGAGCUACAACACAACGGGGCUAUAGAAGUGUCCCGCAAAGGUCAGAGCUACAGGUUCACUUUGCUGUGCCACUUGGAUGCUGUCAAUUGUUUCCCAGUGCUGGUGAACAUCAUCAGCAACUCCCUGCUGAGGACCCUCAACUCCACCAGGCACAUCCAGGUCUGGAGCCACCCCUUAUUCUCCCUGUUCAACACACAGUACUGGGAUUAUUUUAUAUCUAUUUACCUCAUUUAUAUGCUGCUGUUAUUCCCUGGUUUUCCUCCUCACUUUGCAAUGGGCUACACGCAGGAUUGCAAGGCAGGAGCUCGUGCCCAGCUGCGGAUCUCAGGGCUCUUUCCCUCAGCCUACUGGUGUGGCCAGGCACUGGUGGACAUCCCACUCUGCUGGAUCCUGCUCAUCUCCAUGUUUGUGUUCCAGUUUGCCAUGAUAAACAGGCUUUUUGGCAACGCCAUCACCUUCUUCUUGCUGAUCAUGGAGACGUUGGGCUAUGGAAUUUCCCUCGUGCUCUUCGUCUACGUGAUCUCCUUCAACUCUCGCAAAGGAUGGAGCUGCAAUGUUUGGUCUUUUAUCCUGAUAGUGGUGUCCUUUAUUUCAUUUUCCGUUGGCAGAAUCAUUGAUGCCCUAGGCCAUGGCAUCGCUGCCCUCUACGUCUUGUCCCUCCUGGUUCCCGUGUACCCUCUGAUGGGUUUUGUGUUUGAUUUGGAGAUCUCCCUGCAGGUGUUCACGGAGGACGAGCGCAUAUUUAGUAUGGCUUCAGGCAGUCAUGUACUGAUUGCUGUCUUUGCACCUUACAUCCAUUCUGUGGCGUUCAUUCUUCUUCUUCGCUUUUUGGAGUUAAAAUAUGGAAAAGCAGUGCUGAGGCAGGACCCACUGUUCAGGAUUUCCCCAAGAAAAGAAAGCAGCCAGCAGCAUCCCAAGGAGCUCGAGGAGGAAGAUGAAGAUGUGAGAGCCGAAAGGGAAGCAGUGAGAGAUGCCAUGGUGGCUCCAAGCCAGGAGGAGAAAUCAAUCAUUAUAGUCAGCAAUCUGUGCAAAGAGUAUAAUGUAAAGCAAGCUGGAUCGUUUUUUAAGAAGCAGAAGAAAACGAAAACAGCCACCAAAAACCUUUCCUUCUGUGUUAAAAAAGGAGAAGUGUUAGGACUUCUGGGGCCCAACGGAGCUGGGAAAAGCACAGCUAUCAAAAUGAUCACUGGAGAGACAAAACUGACUGCUGGGCAGGUGCUGAUGAAGAGUGGAGGAGGCUCCCAGGACCAGGCUCCUGCGUUCCUGGGGUACUGCCCCCAGGAGAACCCCCUGUGGCUGGACCUCACCCCGCAGCAGCACCUGAGGCUCUACGCGGCCGUGAAGGGGCUGCGCCGCGAGGACACGGCUGCUGCUGUGCACAGAAUCGUGAACGCUCUGCAGCUUCAAGACUACUUACACAAAAAAGUCAGAAAGUUACCUGCCGGGAUAACCAGAAAGCUGUGUGUGGCACUGUCCCUGCUGGGCAACCCCUCGGUGCUGCUGCUGGACGAGCCCUCCACGGGCAUGGACCCCAACGGGCAGCGCCGUGUCUGGAGAAUAAUCCGGGAUGCCCUGAAGGCCAAGGAGUCGGGAGCCAUCCUGACCACGCACUACAUGGAGGAGGCAGAGGCCGUGUGUGACCGUGUGGCCAUCCUGGUGUCCGGGCAGCUCCGGUGCAUUGGCUCCAUCCAGUACCUGAAGAACAAGUUUGGCAAAGGAUAUCUCCUGGAAAUCAAGGUCAAGGAUCCCGAGAGCGCUGACGUGCUGCACACUGAGAUUCUGAAGAUUUUCCCGGGUGCAGCCCGCCAGGAGAGGUUCCCCUCUUUGCUUGUCUACAAGAUCCCCAUGAAAGAUGCACUGCCCCUGUCCCAGUCCUUCUCCAAGCUGGAGGAAGCCAAACAAAGCUGCAGCCUCGAGGAGUACAGCUUCUCCUUGAAUACUCUGACUCAGGUGUUUCUGGAGCUCUCCCGAGAGCAGGAAAAGGAUAAUUUUGAUCUGACUUUGGACAGGACUUUCGACUGGAAGCAGCUGCAGCAGGAGGACUGUUAAAUGCUCAUUUAUGCAUUGCUCAGUAUUAACCAAACUGCACUUAUUUACUGCCACUCUCAGUGUACCACGGAGAGGGGAACAGGCUCCUCUGAUGCAGAAGAUGUUUCACCUGCAGGGGUCUCAGCCCUGCUCCAAGCUGCAAUUCCAAAGGCUGAUCCAUAAAACAGUGCCUGCUCUGGUGAGAGCUCUUGUCAGGCCAGGCAGGAUGGAGCAGAGGGACUGAAAGCUUUGCAGAAAGAAAGGUCCUGAUCCAUCUCUGGGGAUCAAAUCUCUCUGGAUCUGGGUGCAUCAGGGAAUCUGGACAGGGUGCCGCCCUCCUGGGUUCCUCUCCCACCGAAGUCUGGGACCAUCUGCCUGUGACAUGUUCUUGCUGGAAUUUGCACUCAAUUUUUAUACCCUUCCAAUAAAUGUCUCUAUAGAAACUGCAGCUCCAUCCUCACCUGUCAUCAUUGCUGGGGACCCUCAGGAACAGCUCCAACUCCCUCCUGUGGGGAUGGGGAUGCUGCAGAGGGCAGGGAGAUGGUUACCUGGCUCAGCAAACGCUCAGCCCUCCCCUCCCUCCACUCUGGGGUGAGUAGUGGUCGGUCCUUCCCCUGGAAACAGCCUGGGUGGAGAAGAGAAAGUUCCAGGGAUUCCUAAGAGCCCCUUCCAGUAGCUAAAGAGAGCUGGAGAGGGACUUUGUACAGGGGCAUGGAGUGAGAGGAUGAGGGGGACUGGUUUCAAACUGACAGAGAGCAGGUUUGGAUUGAAUACUGGGAAAACAUUUUUCCAUGAGACCCUGGCUCAGGGUGCCCGGAGAAGCUGUGGCUGCCCCAUCCCUGGAAACAUUCAAAGCCAGGUUGGAUUUGGUUUGGAAUAGCCUGGUCUAGUUAAAAGUGACCCUGCACACUGCAAAGGGGUUGGAUUGGAUGACCUUUAAUGGUCCCUUCCAACCCAAAUUAUUCAAUGACUUCCCUCCUUUUAUCCCUGUGCCCAGCUCAGUUGCAAAGGUUAAAACUCCCACAGAAAAUACUCAGUUCUCUCCACACAGUCCCAGUGGUGGCUGUGUUGCAAUCACUACUUGUUCACGUCCCACACUCGGCCUCAAAACAUAUUUUGGCAGUUGGAGGACACAACUUUAGAGACUCCCUGGUUGUUUCCCUCCUGCUCCCUGCCCACUCUGCACCCCCUAGGAACGGGUAAGUGAAGUCACCAAACAUUUGUGUCACCUGUUCCCACACUCAGCUCUGGGAAAUGGAGAUUCUGUGGAAGGGAAGAGGUUUUUUUGGUGCUCUGGGGAGCAAUGGAGAACUCAAGCCACGAGCCUCCAGAGAUAAAUACCAUUUAUAUAAUUGGAUUUUUUUUUCCUUCAGCAUUUUGUGGUUUGUGCCUCUGCAGAUGCUGCUGGUGAUGGGGCUUUGAGGGGUUUGUGAAAUGCAUUGGAUCCUCUCUGCCCUGCCCUCUGUGUCCUGCUCUGACACACAGAAACUCUGGGAGAUCUUCCCUUUACCCAGCAUGAUGGGACCUGCUCCCUUUGCAGAUCUUUGCCUCAUGUAAAGACUCAAACAGCACUAAAACCCCCAGCAACAAGUCCUGUCCCAGAGAGAGCUGGAGAGGGAAAGAGGAAUUCCCUCUGAGCUGCUUGUGCUGUUGUUUCUUCCAAGGAGCCACCACCCUUCCCUUCCACAGGUCUGCCUGGUUAUUCCCCCUGAUAUUUGACAUUUUCCAUUGCAGAGGAAGGUGAAGUGAGCAGAGCUCAAUCCAGCAUCUCAUGCACAAGGAGGAGAAGGGAAAAGACCCCCAGAGAGUCCCCAAAGGGGAGCUGGUUGGAGCUGGGGCUUUGUCUCAGCCCGGAGGGAAGGGGACAGGGCUGGUGGCAUUGCCAGCACACAGGGGACAGUUCCAGGUCCUGGCCCACGGCCAGCACUGGGAGAAAGGGGGUCUGUCACCAGCACAAAGCAGAGUUUAGCUGGCAAGAGGGAACAAAAAGUUCUCGAAAAGUUCACGAGGACUUAAAUUUUCCACUGGAGGGGAAAAAAAAAAAAAAAGGCAAGAAAGAACAAAAAUAACAAGAGAACAAGAGAAGAAUUUCCUGGAAAUGAACUGACUCCUUAAAUAUUCCCUUUGCAGUUUGCCUCUCCCCCUGAGCUGAAGGGCUGAGGGAGAGGAACAUCCCCGGGAGCUGCACUGGCUCUACCUGUGAGAGAGGAGGGGCUGACAGGUCCCUCUGGGAUGUUCCCUGCUGCAGCACCAAAGCAGCCCCAGGACUGCCCUAACUCUGAUUAUUCUCUCUAUUUUCCAGCCCAGCACGAGCCCUCCUUGGCUGCCAAACCUGGAGCAGAGCAGAGCAGGCUGUGCCCGGGGUGAAUCCAUCCUCCCAGCACGGCAUGGGCGAGGCAGCUCCUGCAGGAACCCGGCAAGAACUGGGUCUGGAAGAACAGGGAGAGUCUCAUUUCCUACAUUCAAUAAUGCCCUCUUUAUCCAGCGAGGGGACAAAGCACACAAAGGGCCGUUCAGCAGCUGUGUCACAAAUUGUCCCCCUGGAGUGACAGCGAGGAGCAGCCCCAGCCUCCCAGGUUAGGUGACAAAAACUCACCCUGUUGGUAUUUUAUUUUUUUGAGUUUCAAAGACCAAGGGAGCCAGGCACGUGCAUGCUCAAGUUUUGGGAGCUUUGGGGACAAUGUUUCACCCUGAGAAGGAUUUUCCUCCUGCUCUGCUGCUUCCUGAUUCAUCCCAGCACCUCAAACCCUUUGAAGACUUCCAGCCCCAAAUAUUCUCUUUAGCAGCAGAUGGCUCAAAUAUCAGGCAGAAGAGGACGUGAGGCUGUGGCAGCAGCCAAACCCAACAAAAUAUUUGCUUCAAAGCAGGAGGAAGGACAGCAUGUCCAGCUGGGAAAAGCAGGAAAUGGUUUCUAAAAGAGCGAAAGGAGGGGAUGGAGAAGGAGAUGAUUGUGUAAGACAUGAUGUUUCAAUUAGAAUGGUCCUGAAUGAUAUCAGCAGUUCAUGAACUGUGUUACAGGCAGAGAGGAGGAUUUGAUUUGUUCCUGAGCAUCUCCAUCCAGGCACAGACAUCAGGGGUUUUAUGGACAGGUAAGGGAUGACCUGGGCUGUGCAUCAGCUGAGCCAGAAACCUCCCCGUGUGUCGGUGAUCCCGGUGGAUAACACUGGCAUGAGGAUGGAAUCCACUCCUCCCGCAGGGCUUUGUGCUUUUCAGGAUGAGUUUUGGAUAUUUGAAAAUAUCAGAAGCAUCUGGGCCAGCAAUUUCCCUGGGGAGGAGCUGGGCUGGCUCAGGGAUGGUGGAGGGAUUUCAGCAGGACACCGGUGCCAAAGGCAAAGCAUUCCCGUGGAUUUGGAGCUUGCUGGAACAGGUUCUCCUGGGUUACUGUGCCUGUGAAAUGUCACAGGUUUGCUGUGGGAGUUGUCACUGCUGUCACAUCCCUGUCCCUCCCAGGUAAAUGGAUGCAGCUUUAGGAAAUUAAAUUAUCUGUAAAGAAUCAGCUCUUGCAGGUGGCUACAGCAGCUUGGCCCUUGCUUUGAAACUAACUUCCUUUCUUUCUUUUCUUUCCUUUUCUUUCCUUUUCUUUCUUUUCUUUCCUCCCUCUCUGUGGGCAGCUGAGGAUUUCUCCUUGCUGGCACGGCCACAGCUUCCUCCACCCACAGACCUUGGUUUUCUUUGGCCUCAUUGUGAGAAAUUAAUUUCAUGUUCCAAAUGCAAAUCCUCUCCAGGGUUCUCAGGAUGCUAAGGAGGAAUUCAGAAAGAAUAACAAAAAAAGAAGCAAA